ACCGGAGUGACACGACGUGACACAGAAACAGGAAGUUGACUGUCAGUGGGCUGUCUCCUCUCUGAUGCUGGCCGACUCCUGCCGCAGUCAGUCAGAUAUGAUUUCAGGAUCUUUUUAUGCGGUAUUUGCGGGCUUUUUGGGAGCCACUGCCUCUCUGUCCGCCAAGCUGUCCCUCGGUGCCGAGCACCUGAGAGGGAUGUGCGUGUCCGGGCUCAGCUGGACUCACAUACCCGGAGAGACUGCAGCCUGCGACUGGCUGCUGCUCCCUCUGCGGCUGCUGUGUGCCGGCCUGCUGCUCUCCUGUAACGCUGUCAUGUGGGCCUUCUUCUCCAAGGCUCUCAGACACUGCUCCUCUUCAGCCAGGGCCACGGUCACCACCACUGCGUCCAACUUCAUCUCCUCAGCCAUCCUGGGGAGGCUGUUCUUUGGAGAGAGUCAUGCAGCUCUCUGGUGGGUGGGGAUCUCUCUGACUCUGUGUGGCCUGCUGCUGCUGCAUGAAUCCACGCCUCACACACUCCCACCGAAGGAGGUCAAGAAGCACAGCUGAUGGAGCCGUGAUCCAUGCACGCGGACACUGUUCUUCAGUCACAACUACCUGUGACAAGACUGACGAAUAACGAUGGGAACCCUCAGGGCUCAGUGGUCAUUAAUUGUCCAAAUGCAACACAGUGGCACACCAACAUUCAGACAGACACACAGAGCUGAUGAUUCAUUCAUCAGUCACCAGUUCAGUGCAUAAAGUGCAUUAACUGUUCAUGCAGUUGUUUUGGAAAGGAAACGUCAUUGCACAUCUUGUUUUGGUGGGGUUUGAGAUCAACUUUCUUUCUGAAAUUGGAAUUGAUUAGAUGGCAAGAAUACCAGGAGAGUAGUUUUACAAAUCCCCAGUGUGCCUGUGGGAAAUGAUUCCAAGCACCACAGAGCUGACUUUCAGGACAGCUGGUUCAAAACUUGUUGAUUUGCAUUUUUGAACAAAUAAGUACAUCAGAAUCAUGGGGACUUUUGCUGAAUGUGUUAACGAGAUCUUAUCUGUAUUUGUAUUACAAAUAAAAUGAAUAAAGGAUGCCUGCUUUAUCUACAAGGUCAGAGGAGGGAUCCCUCUCCCAGGAGGGACAGACGUGCAAUGGACGUCGUGGGUAAAUUGAAAAGAUAAUACAUUUACAACAUAGGUAGACCAAAUGCUUGGAAAUGCAUGUGUCUAUAGUAAAGCUAAAGUCCAUGGAGUACUAUAAGUGCCACAAGUUGGUGUUCUUCAUGUGGAUGCUCGUCACAGCAUAACAAAAACAAACAAUGUUUCGUUGCUACAUUUGUGGUUCGUCGCAUCAUGCACCAAGUAUGGUAAUUCAGCACAUAAAGUACUUUGGUGGAUUCCCACGUCAAAAAGAUCUUGUGUGUGCCCAGCAGGGAUGUUCACUACAGAUCAGAAGUUUUGCAGUGUUCACAAAGCAUCUAAACAGUUGUCAUAGCAACAUUAGUAUCGGCCCUAAAGGCAAUGUUAAUAACCCAACAGCACAUCAGGGUUCCCUCAAAGAUGCUUCCGACAUGGACUUAGAUGAGAUGAAUGAAUCUAAAGACCUGUGUGACAUCAUGCAUAAUAUACUGGAAGGUGUCGACAGUAUGAAACAAAGUUGAUGUUGGAAUACUAGAAUGAGAAUGUCUGGAAAACAUACUCCAAUGUACUGGCUUCAUGGAUACAAAGAACCGUCCAUCACACAUACAUCUCUUUCUGGCUUAUUGUUGCACAUUCGUUGUACAUGGGUAGUACAUUCUUUACUAACAUUGUGUGGAUUUAUUCGCUACUGUUGUUAAUAUUAUUUCAAAAUGUAACUCUUAAAGUAUAUAUUGUAACUCCUCAUAGUGUGUUUUUUGACUCUUUAGGAGUUUAUUGUAUGCUAAUAUUGUUAAUCUGAAUGUAUAUGAUUAUAUACAAAUACUCUGAGUGUCAGCAAUAAGUGAAUUUGGAACACUGACUAGUACCUAGCCGGUACUGGAGGGGUUGCAGUGGGUAUGUAGAAAGAUUAAGGAUUGCAUUUUAUUUCCAUACAACUAAACAUCUUUAAAUCAAUGAGCCGUGUUGUUUUGUGCAGAGAAAAUGUAAAACUGUGGCGCAAACAAGCAAAUAAUACAACAUCAGUCCACAAGGGAUGAGGACAACCAGACUGUCCACACGGGCUUUCAUUCGGCUUGAAUGGGCUUCAGUCAUUUUGUUGAGCCACCGUCAAUAAAAGAGUACUAAUUUA